CACCUUCUUCGUCUCUUGAUUUCAGCUUUCUCACUCUUUGUCAGUUUGUCUGUCCCCUCUUUCUAAGCAUCUUCCUGUUGGUAUAGUCACAUGUUCAGGCUUAGAUGCCUUUAAUCCCACCCCCACUGCCAGAGAGGGAGGAGAGAAAUUUGCAGAAGAGAAGUGAGCAACAAGCAGAGUGGCAAGAUAAAACAGAAAACAGAGCUGCAUGGAUCCCCUCUGAUAGAAGCAGGGAGUCUGGAUGGUGUAUAGCCUGUGCUGCCGGAGAGCAGGGAAAAAGAAAAGAAGAGACAUGCCGGAUUUACAGAGAGCCAGGGGCUACUGCAGGCUCCAGGAUGUCUCCUGACCCGCAAGGCGAGGCUGCUGAACAGAAAAGGUUACAAAUGUUCCUUAAGUAUUCAAAGGGGAACAAACAGAAGCUCUAAAAAGGGAGAAAAAAUGACAGUACUGACAGCUGCUGAAACCAUGAGUAAAAUCAACCCCUCUGAUGAGCAGAAAACAGUCUGAACUCUGGAUUCAAGUUCUGCAUAUGGGAUAAAGCUUCAUCUCUGUGAACAGCAAAAAAGUUUGAUCUACAUUUGGAACUCUCAAGUUCCUAGAAUUACAGCCAAAAAGUUGGGAGGAAAUUAGUUUCUCUACUUCUCUUCUAUAUCCUGGAGCUUUUUUGGCAUAAGCUAGAGUAUUUAUUGCACUUUCAUAUGCUUCUGACAGUUAUUAGCCUCUGUGGUUAUUCUGCUACCAAAGGACAACAGCCUUUUCCUCUGUGGGGAAACUGAUAAAGAACAUGGCAACCAAUGUGGCUGCUUUCAGCCUGGCAAAAGCACCAGUCUGAUGGUUGCUUUGCUUAAGCUGUUCUGAGCUGCAAAAUCAGAGCAAGACCUAUUGGAUUUUGAAUUUUGUUACUGAUGGGCCAAAGCCAAAUUAAGUCAGGAAUGCUGGCAAAUAUGACACUGCGACAUGCAUGGCUGGCUUCCAGCAUGCACACCUCUUCGGAGUUAGCUACUUCCUUGCUACCUCCUGAGAGGGUUGCACGUAGCUGCUCACCCUCGUGCCAAGAAUUAGGACGACAGUAGGGGGAGACCCAACACAGCUUUCCAAGCAGGCAGAACCAGAGGAGAAUUGACUCUGAGGCAUCAGAUGCAAAGGGAGUCCACAUGCAGGGAUCUGGAUAGCACGUUUUCACUGUGCUGUUCUGGCUGUCCCAUGUAUAAGAAGGACUGCAGAAGAGCAAGACCUUAGGCAAGUCUCACUGGGAUUCAUCAAGUGAGGCUGUAGCCCAAACUCUCAGCUAGCAGCCAGUCUGAUGUUCCCGGUGCUAUAUAGAAGAUACAACAUCUGUUUCUCCCUUCUCCAUUUUCAGUAUGAGACAGUACAAGGGCUCUCUUGCUUAGACAGGUAUUUCUAAUGGUUGCAUGUAUAUCCUGAAAGAUACAGAACUCACUGCAGGCCCAUACUUCAUCUACCUCAGAUCUCCAGCACAGCUGGCAAGUAGAAAGUAAUUAUUACCCGAAAAAUAAACUAUCUUCUAGGUCUUCUUCAUCUCCUUAAAUUUUCCCACUGUGGUUCUCAUUUUCAAGUCCGGAGCCUGAUUCUUCAAACUGUCAACAUGCCAACAGUGUAGCUCACAUCAAAGGGAGGCUCAGAGGCAUCCCAGUGGUUUAGAGAGGAGGAGAUAUCUGAGAGAGACAUGCACCGCAUCGAGAAUACGUGUGCCCUUUGUGAAGUGUGAAGUAAAGUGGCUUGAUCAAGCUGUGCAGGCUUGGCACCUGCUGCCCCAGUGAUAUCUUGCCAUCCAGAAGUGAAGAAAUGAGGGCAUGAAUAGAACAAGAGUGCCUUCCUUCACCAGUAGCCAUGUUACACCAAGGCUGGCAGCUCUAUGGGAGGUGGUGCCGUUGGUCCAGCCCUUUCAUCCAUCUCCUCACACUGACUGUGGUGACAUUCGGUGUGCUGGCUCCUUUGAUUUGCCACCGGCUCCUCCACUCCUAUUUCUACCUGCGGCACUGGCACCUGAACCCCAUGAGCCAGGAGUUCCUGGAACAGAACCGACAGGAGGGCCAGGCUGCCCUCCGUUACUUUGAGGAGCUGCAGACACUAAACACUUCUGAGGCGUCUGGCAGUGAGGCCUUCCGGCCCUUGCUGCUGGUCACCAUUAUUACUGUGCAGAGGCGGAGCGACUUCCACUAUGUCCUGCAAGUAGCCUCCCGCUUCCACCACCUCCUCCAGCAAUGUGGCGCACACUGCCGAAGCCACCGCAUCCUCCUCUGUAAUGUGGAGCCAGACUCCAAUAGCCACCAGGAUGUCAGGCUACUUAGCAGUUUCUUUCCUAUGGUCAGUCGCAACAAAAACGAGGACCCUGAUCCCAGAAUGAACCAGUUUGAGAAGGAGAAGCAGGACUAUGUCUUCUGCCUUGAGCAGUCACUGUUGGUCUACAAUCCAGAAUACAUCCUGAUAGUGGAAGACGAUGCUGUGCCAGAAGAGGAGAUAUUCCCUGUCUUGCAGCACCUCUUGCUGGCCCGGUUUUCCAAGCCAUACCUCAGAGAUGCGCUCUACUUCAAGCUUUAUCACCCCGAGAGGCUUCAACGCUAUUUCAACCCUGAGCCCAUGAGAAUUCUGGAGUGGCUAGGUUUGGGAAUGUUUCUAGGGCCAGUGCUGAACUUUGUCUACUCCUGGGCAACCGGUCGCCCAAGCCUUAGUUGGCCCCCUGUCUUGUUCUUUGCUUUGUACAGUAUGGCUUUGUCAGAGCUGGUGGGACGCCAUUACAUGCUGGAGCUGCGUCGACUGGCUCCCACGCUCUAUAAUAUUGUGCCCGUUACUGAAUGCUGCACGCCUGCCAUGCUGUUCUCUGCUCCUUCUGCCCGCCGUGCCUUAAGUUACCUGAAGGGGCUGCACUGCCGCCAGGGUUUUGCUAAGGAUAUUGCCCUCUACUCGCUGCUACGAACUAAGGGGGAGAAUGCCUAUGUGGUGGAACCCAAUCUGGUUCGGCAUGUAGGCUUGUAUUCCAGCCUUCGGUUAAAUGACAACCCCAAACUGUUGUGAUCUGUCCAUGCCCUUCUAGAUACAAAGCCAGGAGAACUUUGCCACUGGCCAGAGAGACAAUGUACAAAUUCAGAUGCUGUGACACUCACACAGAAUGUGCUCUAUGCCUUCAAGUGAAAUUCUCUUAAAAAAAAAAAAGCUUGUUAAAAAACGAACUUGUGUACAUUCAGGCCCUAUGUAAUAAAUACCUUGAACUAAUCACCACACACCCUGUGGCAGGGAAGUGGAGGCUUUCAGCUGAAGGUUUGGAUUAUCUACUCUCCUUAGUCAUCCUAAGAGAAAAGCUCCUACAAAGACAUUAAGAGAUCCACUGCCUACUUUCCUUAACAGUAGUUACAGAAAUCCCCACCUUAGGGCAACAGAAAUGCUGGACAAACUGAAUGCUUCACAUUUAAGCCAGUGAGGAGGACAAGCCCUUAUUCCUUGACAUCCUUGACAUGGUCGGAUCUCUGACCUCUGUCUAUUUCAGAGGUAUAUUUUUGAGCAGACCUUUCAAAAGCAGCAUGUGUGUAAAGAGAACUCUCCCUCAGAUUUCAUGUAGAUUCUCCAGAUUUUACUGAUCUUCUAUUUGUUACUGCCUACCCCUACAGAUCCUAGCUGUAGCUCCACCUUUCUCACUCUUCUUUCUUGGAACAGAGGCUUUUAAAAAAUGAAGCCUCUGCUGCUUCAAUAAAGGUCACUGAAGAGAGGAAUGUUAAAACACAUUACAUCAACAGCCUUUAAUGUUACAUAGCCAGGCCACAAAUGCAUGUUUUCAUUGAUACAUUUCUAGAUAUCCUAAACAACAUAGGGUGACUACUAUGGUGGUAUCACCAUUACUCUUAGUGGAUCCAGAUCCUUAAAACAGGCCUUAUCAGUUGCUAAUUUGACUCUAAUUUCCUAUCAGCACAGAAGCAAAGGAAAGAUUUCAUCAUGGUGCUGCCAUCGUGCAGGAUCCUUCUUUCAUUCUGGAGCUGUCAUUCACAGCUCUGGCUAAUGGUUCAUUUGCUGUUCCUAGCAGCAAACACAAUGGGCACAAGAAACAAAGCCAGCUGUUCAUAAAAACAAGCAACAAUAACACAACCUAUGAGGGACCACUCCUAUAUGGACCCCUUAACUGAGUGUGUUCUGGUUGUUAGGCAUUUGGGAUAGGUACUUUGCAGCACAGCUGUAUGCACAGCUAAAUACAAAAACACCUGGAGAGUAUGGAGAUAUAGGUAUCUCUUACAGAAUCAAAAUUGCCACCAAAAUGUUUACAUCUAAUGAAAAGCCCACCUUGACUUUAGCCAGCUUUGAAUCAAAUUCACUUAUAGAUGGAGAUUGGUUGAACUAUAUUUGAAACCAUUUCUCUAGCUUCAGAAUGAACCAAGUAAAAUAUUUUCAUUGAGUUUUGGUUGGGGAUUUCUUUGUUUCUCCGUUUUUCAUGAGGAAAGAGCUCUAUUUUCUAUCAUGAAUUCUCUCACAGGUGAUUUAAGCCUUAAACUAAUAACAAGUCCAGUCAGAGAUGGGAAAGGCAUAGAACUCCUGAGGGAUGAAACCAAAGAAAGUAUUUGCAAACCUCUAGCUGUCUGCCCAUGAUGGGUAUCCAGCCUGUACAAAUAUGCAAUACGCUUGCAUAAUGCAAGUUAGCCAAUUAGAAAUGGGCUCAGAGCAUGGAGUAGUGCAUGCUCAGGCAAGUGAACUUCACCCUCUCACUAGCUCAGCUAGGGUACUUUGGUAGCAUCUUUGGAAAUUAGAUGUGAGAAGACUGACUUGCUUGCAGAUUUUAUAUUCUUCAAAGGGCAUAACACAGGAAAUACACCAUUUAUUCUUAGCUGCUGAAAACCUCAAAGAUACCAGAAUGGUACCAGAAUGGUAACACAGAAACACCAGCAGCAGGAGGGCAAACCUACUCUCAGUCUGUACUAUAACAUGGUAAGAUGGCAGGAUGUGGGUGUCAUUGUAUACUUAUUCCACUAAGUGCCUGUGCAUGUGAGGAAAUACAACUUGUUUGUUUAUCCUUUAAUUGCUGACUGUUUCAGUGUGGUGUGUUUUCACUUCUUCACUUUUUUUUUAUUUUUGUACUGUAUAAAUCCAGAACAACAACCUGUUGUUUUCAUGAGAGUCUAUUCAUUCUCAUUUUUGCAAAGAAAAUCUCACAGAAAUGUGCAAUAAACUACUCACUUUAUAAGAAAGAAAUAAAAAAGAAACCUUAGGAAAAAAGCAACCAAAUCACAAUAUGCAGUUAAUAAAUGUUUUGACGUGGGAAAUGA